ACUAUGUUGUUGUUCCUGAAGCACAACAUUUGUGUACUUGUUCAUCUAUUCUUAUACCUUUCAGGUUCACUUUCUAAACGAUCAUCAUCUCCAACAAUCCCGUUGCCAUUCAUGUCCUCUUUUCUUUUUCUCAAUCAGUGUAAUAUCAAUAGUGGUAUAUAUUAGCUUUGACAAAUCUUUGGAAAAACAUUGUUAUGUGUUGCAAUUCGUAGUCUACAUUAGCUUCGUACAAUGUUGCUUCGUACAAUGUUGCUUGGUACUGUAAUAAUGUGUAAGAUGAUAUUGAAGAAAUUAUCAUAGCUAGCAAAUAUGAAAACGUUACAGAUGAUUUGGACCACCCUGUUUCUUCCUCUCUUUCCAUGUUACAUAGUGUUAGUUAAACUAAAACUCAGCGUGUGAGAGUAAUCAUUUAUGAUUAUGGACAUUUGACGAUGGCAUGAAACAAGGUACGUACCAUCCCACUUUCCUUGUCUUGCUCAGUUACAUCUGUCUUUGUAAAGAAGCUAGUGAGUUUUAUUUCACCAACUAUUUCUUUGCUCCACAUCUUAUUAUUUAAUAUCACUAGUUGCUUCAUACUCGUGGUAUUAAUGUCUUCUUUUACCAUGUACUUCUUUGUGGCCUACUGCCAAAAAAGUUUACUUUUCACAGUGAUGUAUAUAGAUCCUUUGUUUCCGAGCCAACUGUUUAUACGGCAACAUAUCCCCCUUCUUUACUUAACAAGUUUAUGUUAGUACUCAGCACUGGAAAUACUCCUCUGGUACAUGAGAACCAACAAGACAAGUCCCCUGAGGUGGAGAUAUCUGAUUAAAGUGAAGAGAAAGAAUACUGUUUGGUCACUGUGUUGUGUUUUGUGCAGAAGACAAAGAGAGGCAAAAUUUUAGUUAGUACAGAGAUGAUCUCUGCAACUAAAUAAAUCAUCAAGUAUUUUACAUGAUAAUUUUGUUUCAAAAAGAAACAUAAUGCUAAUAACUUUGCAGUGUAAGAAAGAAAAAGCAUGAAGCUCAUGUGGUGGGUUCGCAGGUAUCGUGAGUGCAAAAGCCAAAACAAUGCAAAUGAGUCUUGCUCCAAAUAUUAUGACCAAGUUAUGAUGGCCUAGCCUGUAUAUGUAUCUGAAAACCAAGGGAUUCCAAGUUUCGAAAGUACAUUAGUGCUCUUGUUUAGAUGUCGAGCAGAACAAAAAGCAUAUUAAAGAUAUUAUACAGUACUUGUAUUGUUUUGUCCUCUCUUUUUUUUUUUUUUGUCAUCUGAAAGAUUAUAUUAUCACAGGUGAAAUACAGUCGAAACACACCUAAGCCGGCAAGAAACAUUUUUCUUCCGGAGCCAUAAACCGGCAAAGAUCGAAAUCUUUCCAGAGCCAUAAGAGAAAACUACUAGACAACUAAAAACGAUUUACAAGAAACUCUAAUACAUAAGCCAAAAUCCAAAACAUAAGCGAAGGAGUAGCGUUGAUGAUUGCAGUCCAAAACGCAGAGCACAUCGAUCUCCAAACGAAGGAUAGAGACAGGUCCAAAAGACUUCAUAGAGAGGGGUAGGGGACCUGAAAAAGAUUCCUAUCCAAAGAGCCAAAACAUAAGGGUGGAAGAUCCUCAAAGUUCCCGCAGCAACGAUCCGGUACUGUUUUGGUAUCGGCUAUUGUUUUGUCCUCUCUAAUUAAGCUGCAGAAAAAAAUUAAAAUUUGCGGAAUGGCGGAAUGUAUAUUAAAUUGAUUAAUUUUUUUAUAAUUUAUAUAAGACAAAAUAAAUUUCAAUAAUAAACUAAUUACUACAAAAUGUGAAAAUAACGAGAAUUUACUAAAAAUACUUUACUUCUUAUUAUAAUUAUUUUACUUAUUUUCAAUACAUUUUUAAUAAUAGAUUGACAUAUUAUAAUAUUAUAAAAAAGUUUAAUAUAAUUUUAUCAUCAAAAUAUUUAUUAAUAUUUAUUUCUUAAUAUAGAUGGAUUUGUUUUUAAUUAAAUUUUUGCAAUGUAAAUAUCCCGCACUUUUUAAAGGAGUAAUCAAAUUUUCAAAUUAACGUUAGUGUUUAAUUAGUUGCAUAACAAAACGUGUUUUUAUAUAGUAAAAUAAAAAAUAAAAAUAAACUCAUCGGCCUUCUUAUUAACUGGUCCGGUUCGCUCUUUCAAAUAGUUGUUGUAAAAAGGUAAAGUCUUAAUGCAGGGACCACAAUGUUCUGAACUCUUUUAAUGCGGGGACCACAAUGUCGCAAGUAAAAAACUUUAUUAAAAAAAAACGAAAAAAGGAGUACGGUAUUAAAUAGGCCUAGUAGAUUUCUAGUUGGAUGGUAUCGUUUGGCCGGCCGUAGGCGGCAGCGAUAGAUCCGGGGUUAGAAGAUUAGGUGUCUUCGGUUUUAGAAGUAGAAGGUAUCGUACGGCAGGCUAAGGACAGCUGAGAUAUAUCCAGAUCAUUGCUAUCUAUUACAUGGGAAUGUUGGUUGUGCUGAAUCGUCCUUUACCUUUGUGUAGCUAGUUUUUGUUGGUUAUGUUUUAGCUGCGGUUCCUAGCUUAGGUUUCGUUUCGCAUUUGUGUUAUAUUCGAAAGUUGCCCCGGUGUGGGUUCUAACUGCCUAUCUUUGGGUUUUUGUUUCUGGGGAUUCUAUGAAUCUGCCAGCAUCUGUAGUAAAAUUUGUGUUCUAAUGUUUAAUGAAUAUCAUCAGUUCAGAGGAAAAAAAAAUAAAUAGGCCUAGUAUUAAACAACAAAAACGGAUCUGGUGGUCGUAAGUUGGAUAAAAGAAAAAGUUAAAAAAUCUCAAUUAUUGAUAGGGUAAAUCUUAUUGAGAAAUAAAAAGGAAACAAACAUAAAAAAAAAAGUAUUAUAGUUUUGUUCCUUGUUCGGAUAGAAUUAGUAUUCAGAGUACCCUUUAUAUACAAGUUGGAGCAAGUGCUUUCUCUUGGAAAAAAUAAAUAAACAUGAUGUCAGUUUAUGGGAAAGAGGGUAGAUACACACCAAAACAAAGCAUGAUGAAGAGGAACUGUAGGAAGAAACACAAGAACUACUGUCCGCAGCAGGCAUGUAAGUUAUCUGUGUUGCCAGAUGAUAUCGUAAUGAAUUGUUUGGCCUUUGUCUCAAGAUUGGACCACGGAUCCUUAUACCUGGUCUCCAAGCUGCACCGCUCUUUAAUGCUUUCCCCGGAGUUAUACCAAGCCCGAUCCCUAAUGGGUUGCACCGAACACUGCAUUUAUUUAUGUUUAAGCAUCCCUUCAGACCCGUUCGCACGCUGGUUCGCCUUCUACCCAAAAGCCGCCGUAAAUCAUCCUAGUCGGCUGGUUCCGAUCCGGCCACACUUGUAUCAGCCUCCUGAAGCAUCUUCCGUGGUGGCCCAUGGUUGGGGUAUCUAUGUGAUCGGUGGGAUGAUUGGCAGGAAGCGGUCGUCCAGGGUCUUUUUCCUGGAUUGCCGAUCUCAUACGUGGACUAAUCUCCCCUCCAUGGGGUUCGCUCGAGCUUCUGCUGCAGCUGGCGUGGUGGACGGGAAGAUAUACGUUUUUGGAGGUUGCAAGAAACCAAAUUGGGUAGUAGAGGUUUUCGAUCCCAAGACGCAGACUUGGGAUGCCUUGUCGAACAAGCCUCCUCCGCCAGAUGAUCUGAACUCCUCUUCGUCCUUGAUGCACGAAAUCGCGGUGAUAGAGGAGGAGAAGACAAAGAAGAUUUUCGGUUUGAAUGAGAAAGGUGAUGGACUGGUUUACAUUCCGAGUCAAGGCAUAUGGAAAACAGGGAACUCGGAUACCAACGAACUUAGAAAGGGUUGGCAUGUGGUAGACAAUGUCAUCUACUCUUGUGUAACCGGUGGGUGGAUAUUGUGGUGUGAGGCAAGUGAUUUGGAGUCCGCGGGUGGGACGAAGUGGAGACAAGUUAUGGGCUUGGAGGAUCUAAGGGGCACCCUUUGUGCCUCCAAAGUGGUCAGUUAUGGUUGGAGUUUGCCAUCCCUAGACCUUGACGAGAUCUCUUUACAAAGGCGCAAGGAAACUGGCGAGAUUUGGGGAACUGUUGAGUGGUCCGAAGCCGUCACAACGAUCGAGUAUCCUCUACAUCGGCCUCGUCACUGUAAAAUUUUAUAUUCUCUAUCCUUCAAUCUUUGAAAUCUCCCUCUCAACUCUACUUUUUUUUUUUUUAAAGUUUCCUAUUAUGUACCAUUGUUGUUCCUGAAGCACACAACAUUUCUGUACUUGUUCAUCUAUUCUUAUACCUUUUAGGUUGACUUUCUAAACGAUCAUCAUCUCCAACAGUUGCCAUUCAUGUCCUCUUUUCUGCUUUUUAAUCAGUGUAAUAAUAUCAAUAGUUGUUCAAUAGUUUCCAUCUUUCCUUCUCCUGGGUGUUGUCUCCACUUGCCACAAAAACAAUUUCCGAGUUUCCAGGUACUUCUAAACACUAAAUUUUCCGAGUUUUCAGGUACUUCUAAACACUAAAUUUUGCUAGAAUAAGAGGUAAGGAGGUGGUUCAUUUGCCACAGGAAGCUAUAUCAGUACCUUGGAAACUGCUUCCUCGGAGAACACCAAAGCUCUACUUCGUUAUGAGAGAGGUGGUUACUACUAACUAGUUACUACAGCUAAUAAUUGUUACUAAUCAUAAACAAUUGAGAAUGGGAAUCUAAGAGAGAUAGAUAGAUAGUUAGAUACAUACAACACACACUAAUCUUUGGUGCUAAUAUUGCAGUUAUAGAAGUGCUUGAGGAGAGUGAAUGCUCACUGCUUGAUCUUGCCACAGUGUUGGAAAUCAAAAAGAAACUCUGUGAGGCUAACGUGAGUGCUUCUUUCUGUUUCUGUUUUCAAUUCUUUGUAAACGUCACACAAAGCUCACUGUGAAACUGAAUAUUGCUGCGACAGUCUGUGAGCGAGAACCAGAUAGUCUCUUGGAGAGGCUUAUCAGUUGUAAUAUCAAAUUCCCACCAGCUUGUGCCAUUGUAGGAGGAAUAUUAGCACAGGUUUCUCUCUCUCUUUUUGGCAUAUUUGUAUAUCUUCUAACUAGAAACUUGUGAUUUGGCUGACAUGAGAGGGGUUGCAGGAAGUGAUCAAAGCAGUAUCAGGCAAAGGAGACCCAGUAAAGAACUUCUUCUACUAUGAUGCUCAAGAUGGGAAAGGUGUGAUGGGAGACAUCUCCAACUCUUUUUUUUACCUCUUAACCAUUGAGUUCUGAACUUUCAUCUAACUCUGAUGAUCUAUGAGAAUCUAUUUGUUUCUGAAUCGUUUGUUUGCAUUUAUGUUAAUAUAAUGUGCAAUGCUUGUAGAAUGUUUGAAUAGUCAAAUUUGGAAUUUUAUAAUUCAGUUAAGGAGUAAAAUCAAAAUUGGUUAGUGAGAUCUAAUCAGAUUUGUCCAUUUUAUAAACCAAGUUCUGUCUUCAUUCUACUCUUUUAGUUGUUAGUGAAGUAAAUUAGACGAAGGAGAGAAAAGUCCACACGAGCAACUGAAGCAGCAGAUGAGUGAGCUUGAGAAAGAAUGGACCACCGCUAGUGAAAACAUGCAAAAUCACAUCAACAGUUUCGUGUAUCAGUAUGGAAGUUGUUGAAUUUGUGGAGAACUCUCCAAGAAAGCUGAUGCUCUCUCUUUAACACGAUCAGUCCUGUAGAGGUAGAGAUGAUGCAAAUGAGAUCAUGAAGGAGAAAACCCUUUCAAGACUCUGAUGAUGAUGAACAAUACGACAUCAUUUUCUCAUUCGACUUGUCGUUCUUGGAAUGGUUGUGAUAAAGUUAUUGGUUUUGGUUGUGGUGAUGGAUGGUUUUGAUCAUCACUCAUGAACAGACAGAACAAUACUUUGGUUCCUAAUUGAUUUGUGUUUGAGAUGCUCAUCGAACUCAGUGAAUCAAAAGGUUAGUUUUCAGUAAAAAAAAUAAUAGAUAUUUGGUUUGGUUUAUAAUUUAACCCAGCGGAAGGUCCAUCUGCACAAGAAGACUUAUAUACUGAGUUGGGAAAACAGCUGCUGUGGAUACUCUGAAAAUGGUAUAGCUUCUGUUCUCCUUCUUUGAGAUUCAACCUAUAGUAAUAAGUUGCAUUAGCCUGAUCCUUAAGUUUAUGCAACUGUGGUUGGUAAGGAUGUAUACUUGUCAUCUGUGUUUCAUUGUAGCGAACAUAGUUAAUUGUUGUAUAAGAUGGAACUGAUUAGUACUUCUUUAGUCUAUCUAAUUUGUUUGUCAGUUUACACAUUGGUAUAUAACCCUUGCUUGCAACACAAGUUUGUACUUCAUAUCCUUCUCCCUAUCUCGUUCAACCUACUUAAUUUUCAAUUGGUUUUAGGCCCCAAAGAAGCUGCUCAGAGAUUUACACAUUAAGAGAUUGAAUCCAUGUGAUGUACCAACUACCACGUCCCUUUAUCAUUUGUAACAUUUUUGCUUGAAUCGCUUAUUUUGACUGAGGCUUUACAAAAUUACUUGUUGACAAGCAACAUUUAUAUAAUUAAUUAUUUACCACAUACAAUAUGCAUGCACGUUAGUUAAUUAAUUAGUUGUAUGCAUGCAUGGUAAUACGGAACAAAACCAUCUUAUAGAUGGCUCGUGUGUGUGUUGAAGGCCUUAAGAGCAUCUUUAUCCCUCUUAAAAAAGGUUGUUUAUGGCUUGAGGUCCCACCAAAAACACAAGCAACAUCCUUUCAAUACCCAAAAUAACACUUCCUUUUCUUUGUUACUUCUACUGUUUGCGGGUCCCACCAACACGUUGUAACCCGCAAAUGGUGUAUUUUUUAAUUUUUUAUUUUGACAAAA